UUCACAUGCGACGCGCAACCUACAACAGGCAUGCGCCAGAUACAACGUUGUUGUGGUCGUCCGUCGACUGCGUGGUAAGUUGGCGUUCACUAUGUGACGGUACUUCAUGUCAGGCAAGCUGAGUAUCUGCGGAGUUUCGAGCUUACAGAGUCGGGGGAGCCGAGUGCGGUGAGUCCGGGGCUGGAGCUGCGCGCUGAGCGGAUCCGCUUCCUCCUUCUGUUUGACGGCUGUGGGCGUGCGGACGGGGAGACUGCCAUGUAGCUGAGGCAGAAGAAUGAGCAGUCAGCGCACUUCAGCGGACGGGACAGACGACUGCGCGGUUCGGCAGGAAAAUGAACUAGAAGCCCUCGCGUCUAUUUUUGAAGAUGAUUUCAAGGAUCUGCGGAGCAACGACCCCUGGAAGGUUAAAAGGCCACCAGAGGUGUACCUCUGUCUGCGGCCCAAUGGGCUGAACACCGGACAGGAGUGUUACGUGACCGUGGACCUGCAUGUCAAAUGUCCUCCCACGUAUCCGGACGUGCCUCCAGAACUGGAGCUGAAGAAUGCCAAAGGCCUUUCGAACGACAACCUCAAAAGUCUCCAAGCUGAACUCAACAAGCUGGCGACGGAACAAUGCGGAGAGGUGAUGAUUUACCAGCUAGCGGAUCACAUUCAGGGUUUCCUGAGCGAACACAACAAGCCUCCGUCGCGCUCCUUCCACGAGGAGAUGCUGAAGAACCAGCGGAGGCAGCAGGAGAAACUAGCGCUGGAGGAGCAGCAGAGAAUGGACCAACGACGCAAGCAGGAGGAGGAGAUGGUUAGGACAGGAGGAAGAAACGAAAAAGAAAUCAUGGCUGAAAUCCAAAGGAGAGAAGAGGAAAAGCGAGAGGAAAAGAGAAGAAAGGAAAUGGCUAAACAGGAGCGACUCGGGAGCAUGGAGCAUUCGAUGUCUGUGAUGGGGAAGAGUCCACCCAGCCCAGGAGGCGCAGCUCCCGAACUGUUUGAAGCCAAGAAAGCAGCUGGCAAUCGCCGUCGGACUACCUCAAAUUCCCGCCACAGACGGGACACGGUUAAUGAGGACAACAGUCGCCCGCAGGAGGUUCUUCACUUCAGCAGCAAUGUUUUUGGAGAGCUUGCUGUGCACCAAGGGAAAAGCUUAGGUGUAAGUGAACGGUUCGGUCGCAACAUUUAUUGCGGGUUUGAGGUGAACUCUGGCGAUUUUGCUGUGAUCUAUGAGUGGUCGUUGCAGUGGAACAAAAAGAUGAGCAAGUUCUUCACCACCCAGGAGAGAGGAAGGAUUGAAAACUGUAAAAAACAGAUCCAUGCAGCAGAAAAUGAGUUUAACUCCCUGCUGCGGCUGGAGCACCCAAACUUGGUGCAAUACUUGGGGCUGAGCGUGGUCGAGAAGGAGGAAUGCAUCGUGGUUUACAUGCUGGUGGAGCACGUGGCCGGGAACAGCUUGAACCAAAGCCUGGCCGCCCACGGCCCGGUCCCUCUGGAUAAGCUCUGCCACUACACGGCCCAGCUGCUGACCGCUCUCGACUAUCUGCACUCCAACUCCGUGGUCCACAAACAGAUGGGGCCCUCCAGCGUGCUGGUGGACUCCGAGGGGAACAUUCGAGUGACCGAUUACAGUUUAUCAAAGAGGUUUGCUGACAUCUGCAAAGAAGACAUUUUCGAACAAGCUCGCGUGCGUUUCUCCGAGGAAACGGCGAUGCCAACGAGAACGGGCAAGAAAGGCGACGUGUGGAACCUGGGACUGAUGCUGCUGGCUCUGAGUCAAGGCAAGGAAGUGAAGGAGUAUCCGGUGACGGUGCCGAGUAGCCUGCCUGCUGAUUUUCAGGAUUUCCUUCAGAAGUAUCUGACAGAUCUAGCUGUGGACUUUGCGUCAUCAGUCAUCCCCCGGAGUCACAUCCUCAAUGCUCCUUUCAGUUCGGUCUUGCAGCACAGGCAGAUUUCUCGGUUUGUCUCCGAGUUUGAGGAGCUGCAGCUUCUGGGAAAAGGAGCUUUCGGUGCUGUAAUUAAAGUUCAGAACAAACUAGACGGUUGUUACUACGCGGUGAAACGCAUCCAGGUGAACCCAGCCAGUAAGCAGUUCCGACGGAUCAAAGGCGAGGUGACGCUGCUGUCGCGGCUGAACCACGAGAAUAUCGUCCGUUAUUACAACGCGUGGAUCGAGAGGCACGAAUUGCCCGCCACAGGCGUGCUGAGCAACACCGACAGCUCCGAGCCGCUGAGCUCAGCCGACAAGGCGCCACAGCGCAAAAAUGCACCGGAGCGCCUCAACGAGCUCGGCCUGCCUGACGACGUGGAGGACAUCGCUCCGCCUCCCGCCCUGUCCAGCUCAGUCGAGUGGUCCACCUCCAUUGAGAGGUCCUCCAGCGCAAGGUGCAGCGGACGCCAGUCCAGUGAUGAUGAGGAUGAUGAUGAUGACGACGAUGAUGAAGAAGAUGUCUUUGGUGCCUCUUUUUUGCCAUCAAACAAUGACUCAAGGAGUGACAUCAUUUUUGAUAAUGGAGAUGAAAGCAUGGACGAGAUGUCAAAGGUAGAGCCAAGCAAAAGGCCGGCGUCCGACACAACGGAGAGCACAGAGUCAGAUCGACACCUCAUUACGGCACAUUACCUGUACAUACAAAUGGAAUACUGUGAAAAGAGCACUUUACGAGACACAAUAGAUCAAGGCCUGCAUCAGGAUCAGAAUCGGUUAUGGAGGCUUUUCAGGGAGAUACUGGACGGCCUUGCUUACAUCCACGAGCAGGGCAUGAUUCACAGGGACCUGAAGCCUGUCAACAUCUUCCUCGACUCACAGGACCACGUGAAAAUUGGCGACUUCGGCCUGGCUACAGAUCAUCCCGCUAACGUGGCUGCUGGGAAAUUUGAGGUGGAGGAGAGCGGCUCUGCGGUGAUGGCCAAACCGGACCCAACAGGUAACAUGACAGGGAUGGUCGGUACUGCCCUGUAUGUCAGUCCGGAGGUUCAGGGAAAUACAAAAGCCACAUACAACCAAAAGGUUGACCUGUUUAGCUUGGGCAUAAUCCUCUUUGAGAUGUCCUACCGGCCGAUGACCACGGGGGCCGAGCGCAUCGCUGUCCUGAGUCAGCUGCGUGGGGAACCCAUCAUCUUCCCAGAGGACUUUACUUUACGUGAGCAAGGAACACAGAAGAGGGUGAUCGAGUGGCUGCUGAAGCACGACCCGGCUCUUCGGCCGACUGCCCUGGAGCUGCUAAAGAGCGAACUUCUGCCUCCUCCCCAGAUGGAGGAGUCGGAGUUGCACGAAGUGCUGCAGCAUACCAUGGCCAAUAUCAACGGCAAAUCCUACCGCACCAUGGUGGCCCAGCUGUUCGCCCAGAACACCUCACCAGUCAUGGAUUACGCUUAUGAUAUAGACCUCUACAAGGGCAGCUUCAGCUUCAACAAUGCCAAAUUGCAGCAGCAUGUGUACGAAAGCAUCACCAGGAUCUUCAAGAAGCACGGUGCCGUGCGUGUCCAGACCCCGCUGUUCCUCCCCAGGAACAGGAAGUUGUACGAUGGCAUUGAGCUGGCCUGCUUCAUGGACCAUAGUGGAAUGCUGGUUACGCUGCCCUAUGACCUUCGCAUCGCGUUUGCAAGAUUCGUCGCUCGCAACAAUGUAACACAUCUGAAACGGUACAGCAUUGAACGAGUGUUCCGGCCCAAGAAGCUGGACCGCGCACACCCGAGGGAGCUCCUGGAGUGCGCCUUUGACAUCAUCACUCCUGUUAGCAACAGCCUGCUCCCUGAGGCCGAGAUCAUUUACACCAUCUCUGAAAUAAUCCAGGAGUUCCCCGUGCUGCAGGAAAGGAACUACAACAUCUACCUAAACCACACCAGCUUGUUUAAGGCCGUCCUGCUGCACAGCGGCGUCCCGGAGGACAAACUGAGCCAGGCCUCUAACAUACUGUGUGACCUUAUGAGUGAGAAACUCAGCAAACGUGAAGCGGAGGCAAAGUUCUGCAACUUUUCAUUGUCAGCCAACUGUUUGCAGACUCUGUACAAGUACAUAGAACAGAAGGGGAAUCUGCAGGACCUGGUGCCGCUGCUGUCAUCACUCACCAAGCAAAAAACUGCCGUUACCCAGCUGGCCAAGCAGGGUCUCAAGGACCUGGAGGAGCUCACUGUGCUUCUGCCCAAACUUGGAGUUAAACUGAUGGUGGUGAUCAACUUAGGCUUAGUGUACAAAGUGCAGCACCACUCAGGAGUCAUCUUCCAGUUUGUGGCUUUCAUCAGGAAGCGCAGACGAACCGUAGCAGAUAUUCUGGCAGCCGGAGGACGCUACGACCACUUGAUCCUGGAGUUUCGUGGACCGGUUUCCACAGGACCCGUCCCCAGCGCAGUGGGGGCCAGUGUCGCCGUGGACAAAGUCUGCGCUGCUAUAGUCAGCAUGGAGGAGCCACCAACAGUGAGCUCCUGUGAUGUGCUGGUGGUCCCUGUGGGCCAUUCUUCGAUGUCCAAAGCCAUCAGGGUUGUUCAGAAAUUGUGGAGCACCGGCAUCGCUGCAGACAUCAACUACGAUGUUUCACAGUCUCAGGACACACUGCUGGAACACUGCAAGCUAGGCGGCAUCACAUGCAUGGUUCUCGUCUCUGACAAAGAGGGAUCCUAUGUGAAGGUAAAAUGCUUUGAGAAAGACAGACAGUUGGAGAAACGGAUUCUUGAGUCUGACUUGGUGGAUCACGUCAUUCAGAAAUGUCGGUACAAAUUCCUCGAUGAGAGAAACAUCAGCAGAGAAAUCUGUGAAAGCACGACUCUACAGAACCCCAAAGGAUCACUGCUCACCAGCACAGGGUCUUCAGAGCAGCAUGGAAGCAGCACCUCCAUAAACAUGAAUGUGAGCCUCAUCAGCCCGGAGAAAGUUUCUGCCAGCGCCAGACGACGCUACGAGACUCAGAUCCAAACCAGAUUACAGAACCUGGGUAGCAAUUUGCAGAACAAGAGCAAUGACAUUGAGGUUCUUGCUGUGGACCUUCAGAAGGAAACGCUGAUCAACUUCCUGUCUCUGGAGUUUGAUAGCGAAGAGCAGUUCAACAACAGCGUGAAGACGUUGCUGUCUCGUCUGCCCAAGCAGCGCUACCUGAAGGCCAUCUGUGAUGAGAUCCACCACUUCAAGAUUACAAAAAGGGUGGCUAUGGUGAUCUUGUACAGCUAUAAAUACGACUACUACAAGAUUCUUCUGUGAAAGCCAAGGGAUUGCCUGGGAGAUAUUCCACUUUGCUUCAGGCAGCAGACUCCCAGAGACAGUUUUUAUCCUUGGACCAACAAAAUCUGCUGAGAACACUGACGCUUUCCAUUUGGAAGGUGUGAGUCCCAAAGAUACAAAUGAACUUCUUCACUGUGGUGAAUGGUAAACCAGCUAUCUGAUCCGAUCUCUCCCAACGUUCCCAAAACCCUUCAGUGUUUCGUGGUCCUCAACAAAGGUUGACAAGAGGUUCACUGGACUUUAUUGCCUUAAUAGAAGUAUAGAAUUUAAGAGGAGGGCUUUUUACUGAAUGUGUCAUGAGUACAGAUACAUUUCUUCUUAGGUACAGGAUGCAAAGUGUGAAUAAAUAUUUUUCCCCACA